AUGUCGGUUCUUUUCACGAGUAUUUCAGAGAAUAACCCCGUCAAAGCAGACGAUGCUCAAAAAUUACUGGAUCCGCUCGGGUUGACCAUCGAUCCAGCCGAGGCGCAGGAUUUCCAUACCCUUCUCGCGGCAGUGCACGAUUGCGCCGAAGGGGUCGCUGCCCUACCGGAUUACCAACCAGUCGCAGAUCAGACCAAAUACCCGCGUGAAAAUGUGCGCCGACCAAGUGCUGAGGAACAAGUCUUCGGGCAGGCAUGGGCACACCGCUUUCUGAUCCGAGGUAAUAAGCAAGGCGGACUUUUGGCAGGCAAAUCAGUCAGCUUGAAGGAUGUCAUUGCUGUAGCAGGUGUACCGCAGCUUCUGGGAAGCGAUAUUAUUCCGCCUUGGACUCCGAAUACCGAUGCGACAGUGGUGACUCGGCUGUUGGAGGCUGGUGCUGAUAUUCAUGGCACAUCCACUUGUGAGAAUAUGUGCCAUUCUACUUCCUCGUAUACCAGUGCUCAGGGUACUGUGGAGAACCCUCAUGCUGUAGGAUAUUCUGCGGGCGGCAGUACCUCUGGGGGAGCAGCUCUUGUUUCGGCGGGUUUGGUGGAUAUCACGAUUGGUGGUGACCAGGGUGGGAGUAUACGAGUGCCUGCUUCAUUUUGCGGCUGCGUUGGUUUGAAGCCCACACAUGGACGUGUUCCAUUCACUGGAAUUGCUAGUGGCGAUGCGAUCAACGACCAUGCAGGCCCUCUGACCCGAACCACAUUGGAGGCAGCACAGUGUCUAGACGUGAUCAGUGGCUAUGAUGGUAUUGAUGACAAGUCUAUUGGUAGCCAGAAACCUGGUACCACGAAAUUUGGAGCAACGAUUCAGCAAACCUCGGACCGACUCGAAGGUUUCAAGGUUGGAAUUUUAGUUGAAGGCUUUGAACACGACAAAGUGGACCCUAGUGUCAAGAACCUGGUUUUGACCGCAGCUCAGAAGUUCAAAGAUCUAGGCGCAACUAUCGAGGAGGUUUCCAUUCCAGACCACUAUCAGGGACCAGCCAUCUGGACUAUUCAACAGCGUAUUGCUGGAGCGCAGACUUUGCUAGGCCUUAACACUGGCCGACGAGGUCUUUACAUGACAGAAAUGGAGCAAGCGCGUCUUCCAUGGACUGGCGAUGGUUUUGAACGCGCCUUUCCUUCCACAAAGAACGUCAUGAUCAAUGGAUUAUAUCUGAUGAAGCAAUUCCCCGGUCUUUACGGCAAGACGGUCAAUUUUGGACGAUACCUGACCGAUACAUACGAGACCUUGUUUGAGAAGUACGACGUGCUGGUUAUGCCUACUACACCGGUUGUUGCUCCUAAGCAUGGCAAGCGCCAACUUCCACUGGAAUCGUUGAAACCCAGCAUGGGUCUUACGAUCAAUACCGCUAUCUUCGAUGUGACGGGCCACCCGGCCAUGUCCAUCCCGGUCGGGUUUGCCCCAGCAAAUGAUGAUAGUCAGAUUAUGUUGCCUGUUGGAAUGCAGAUUGUUGGUGGACUAUGGCAGGAGGAGAAGAUCCUGCGGGCUGGACAUGUUUGGGAGACAAACUAUGAUUGGAAGAAGAUGCAGUACACAACGGCUCAGAACUAG